GCCGCGGCCUCCGGUGACAUUUUCUCUGGCGUCGGGGGCGAGGAGCGACGGCGGCGGAGACUCGGCUGCUCCCGGCCGCCCAUGCCCCAGCUGCUCCCCCGCGAGGGGGAGGCCAGGAGGGGCCCGCGGUGUGCAGGUUGCUGUGUUGCUGAAAUCCGUAUCUAGUUCACCCAGUCUACGAGACGAGGUGCUCCAUGCUCUGAGCCCUGCAGGAGCCUGGCAUUCUGAAAUGAAGAUGGAGGCGGUGGGAAAAGCAGAAGAACUCGUUGAUUCAGAAGUUCCACCAAAGACUUCUGAAAAGCAAGAGACAGUUCCUGAUGAAGAUGGACCUAUAGAACUGGAGACACAAACUCAGAAAGAUAAUGUGCCCGCUGUAGCAGACUCUACAGUGCUCUCCUCGAUGCCUUGCUUACUGAUGGAACUGAGGCGAGACUCCUCGGAGUCUCAGCUGGCAUCUACAGAAAGCGAUAAGCCAACGGGUGGUCGAGUUUAUGAGAGUGACUCUUCUAAUCAUUGCAUGCUUUCCCCUUCUUCCAGCGGGCAUUUGGCUGACUCAGAUACGUUGUCUUCCACAGAAGAGAAUGAGCCCUGUCAAGCUGAAGCUGCUGUAGAGGGAGACCCUUCUGGGGUGUCCGGGGCUGCAGUGGGGAGGAAAUCCAGGCGAUCCAGAUCCGAAAGUGAAACUUCAACAAUGGCUGCCAAGAAAAACCGACAGUCUAGUGAUAAGCAGAAUGGCCGAGUUACCAAAGUAAAAGGUCAUCGAAGCCAAAAGCACAAAGAAAGAAUCCGGCUGUUAAGGCAGAAACGGGAAGCGGCUGCUCGCAAGAAGUACAACCUGCUGCAGGACAGCAGUACCAGUGAUAGUGACCUGACGUGUGACUCAAGCACAAGUUCAUCAGAUGAUGAGGAAGAGGUUUCAGGGAGCAGCAAGACAAUCACUGCAGAGAUACCAGAUGGACCUCCAGUUGUAGCUCAUUAUGAUAUAUCAGACACAAAUUCAGAUCCAGAGGUGGUAAACGUGGACAAUCUGUUGGCGGCUGCAGUAGUUCAAGAGCACAAUAAUUCUUUAGGAAAUCAAGAUCCGGGAUCUACCUGGAGGAACAGAGGACUGCUAGAUGAGCUGAGUGCUGAUACAGGUCAUUUGGAUCCAGGAUUUCUUGCAAGUGACAAAACCUCUUCUGGUAAUGCACAGAUCAAUGAAGAAAUUAAUAUUGCCUCUUCUGAUAGCGAAGUAGAGAUUGUUGGAGUUCAGGAACAUGCAAGGUGUGUGCAUCCAAGGGGAGGUGUGAUUCAGAGUGUCUCUUCCUGGAAGCAUGGCUCAGGCUCACAGUACGUUAACGCUCAGCAAACGCAAUCAUGGACAGCUGUGACUCCCCAGCAGAAUUGGUCUUCACCCCCAGAAGUAGUAGACCUUACUCUGGAUGAGGAUACCAGACGCAAAUAUCUACUGUAAUGCAGUGUCACUGUGUUUUUGCCCCCAUCCCUUCUCCCCUUUGUGGCACAGAAGUUCAUUGGUAUAGCUUCAGCUUCAGAAGCCCUAGUCCUGGCAUUACAAAAUUCAAACUCAUGAAGAUUUUCAUUUCCAUAAGAAUGUAGUGUAAUUUUAAUAUCACUGUAAACAUUUUUUACCUUCUCCAAGGAGGAUUCUUCCCAGAAUUAAACCCAAAAGCUCCAAAUUUAAAACACAUCUACAGUUAACUAAUUUUUUGUGUGUUAAUCUGAAGAAAUAAUUGUGUAUAAAGUUUUGCUCUCCCACCCUCUCACACCUCCAACUUCAAAACAUUUUUAAUUUAUCAGUAUAUUGGGUUUGUUUGUAGAAGUUAGUGUUUUGCUGUGUGCGCAUCAGCGAUUUUGAGAAAUGCUGUGUCCUCACUGAUUUCAGUGGAGCUGGGGGUAUUCAACGCUUCCGAAAAUUGGGCCGAGAGUAUUUAUACCCAAGCUGAUUUGGUUGUUACCAGCAGGAGGGACUGUCUGUAAUAUAAAAGGCCCAUAAUAUAUGCACUGAACAGCUUUUAAUUAAAGGAUUUUUAUUUUCAAUAUAAUUUAUAGUUCACACUCUUUUCAGUGCUGAAUCUUCUGUCUACCUAACUACUGUGUUACACUGAUCAUUUCACACAGCUUGUUACAGUUUUAUAACAGUAGUGACUUACUAGCAGCUGAUUAUUGUAAAAGCACAAGAAAAUGAGAAGUAAUACAAAGGCCCAGCAUCCCUCUCCCAUUUUAAAUAUACCUGAAUUUUACAUAUAUCUGAAUCUUGCCUGGGGUAGAGGAGGGAGAGAAACAAAACAUGUUGCUCUAAGUCCUCAUUUUUACUAUUUGCUUAUUUGCUUCACUGACCAUCUCAAAAAACUUGUAAAGCCCCCAUCUGGCAAAGCACUUUAGCAGAUGUGUAGCGUUAAGCUCUGGCAGUUCACUGAAACUAUGGGGCAAUUCAGAUGCUUAAAAUUCUGCCCUAAAGGAUGUUGCGGGAUCAGGGCCUAAGUUUGUAAUCUUUUUUUUUUUUUUUUUUUUUUUUUUUUUUUUUUUAAGUAGAUCUGCACCAUUUUUCUGGCCUUAGGUCACGUCUCUUAUCCUACUUUUGGAAUUGCUUUUUAGAUUAUGAUCCAAGAAACACUUUCCACCAGAAUAUUUACUACACUGAAAUCAGUGGAACUACUUACCUGAGUGGCCACAAGUUUCUGUAGUGUAUAUUGAAUUUCCUGGCCCUUAAUCUGUCAUUUUGAGGCUUUCUCAAGGCAAAAACCAAAGAUUAAGAAAAAAUAAUGUUCACUUUAAAUGUCUACUGUGCAAUUAAAAUGUUCCUUUGUAUUCAGAUGUUUUUAACGGAAAUUUUAUACAGCUCUGUCAUCAGAUUUUUGCCAUCUGAGGCUGAACAGGAGGUAAACACGAUAUGAGAAGUCCUGUUUUGCUUUAGUGUUGGCUGGUUUCUAAAUUUAUUUGAUUUCCAAAAUUUUUGUCUGUGAGCAAAAAAAAAAAAAUAAUAAUAAUUUUGUUAUCGCCUAACUUAGGGGAAAAAAGAAAAACCAAUAACAGUGGUGGUAUAGCUAGUAACAAACAGCUUUUUCCCUAAUAAGCAGAAAGGUUAUGCCUGCACUUUAAAGAACAAUUAGUUAAGGGUUUUAUAUUCCAGUUUCAAGCUUUCUAAGACAUUGAACUGUGAUAAGUGUAUUGCAUGACCUGCAAAUGUAUGUGGUGCUUCUCGUGAGCGAUUUCUUUCUUUCCCGGGGUGGCGGGCAGCGGGGCGGAUGGGGUCCGCGCGCCCCGCGCUGCGCCCGAGCCUGCGUUACCGGCACGCUCUCUCAGUAGCGGCUGCUGAUCUUCCCCCCUCGUUUCUUGAUCGCGCCGCUCAGCCGUCGUCGUAGCGGACCAGCGCACGCGCUGUAAGGUCGCGCCGGGACAGCGCUUUCGCGUGGCUGCUUUUUGCUGUUCCCUGAAGUUGUUUUGGAAAGACCCGCCUGGCAGAAGGCUGCAGGGACCCAUUCGUAGUCCUUCCAUUCAAACUGCAAACUAACUAUCCGUUCUUCUUUUCAGUUUGUAUAUGAUGUGACUUCCAUGUAUAUAUAAAAAAAUGACUGCGUCCUAACCAAACUUCCUCCAAUUGUGCACUGUGUUUGUUUAAACAAUUCAUGUAUUGUAGUCUGAUGCAGUUUUUUUUUUUUUUUAAUUUAAAACACUACAUAUUUUCUUUUAUCCUUAACCAAUUUUGAAAGGGUAGUAAUCUGAAAACCACAAUCACUGGAUAGCUAAGAAAUAUUUGUGUUUUUGUUUUACUCUUUUUGUCUGUUUGUUGUAUUUUUUUUUUAUUAUUAUUAUUUUAUUUUUUUUAAGAGAGCAAAAGGUGCCUGGACAGUUUUGCUCUUCUCAGCAGGAAAGAAAAACGUUUGCCAUUGUACGGCUGAGAACCAGUGCACUUGGGGCCUGAUGCAAAAUCUUUCCGCCGCCUGCAGCGUGCACUGGCUCGAGCCCUUCGUGGCGGAGCAGCUCCCGCGUGGCUGGAGUUUUGAACUUGGAAUAUUCGGUAGUGAUGACGAAUCACCGCUUAGAACGUAAAUGUUUAAAACGUGCGACUCUAGUUACAAAAUUUGAUUCUUGACACUCAUUAUUUAGUUCUCAUUUUCCAUCUAGUAUUUAAUGGUCUUUGGAGAAAAAAAAAUAAUAAUAAAACAGAGUGUUAUAUAUAUAUAUAUAAAUAUAUAUAUUUUUGGUGCAAGAUGAGACCUUCUGUUUUUUGAAACAAGUCUGUAGCAUAAAGGUUAAACUAUUU